GUCUAACCGCGGCUGACGUAUUAAAUAGCGGGCUCGAAUCUAGAGCACGGCGAGAAGAAGCUAGCAGCUAGUCGCGGCUAACAGCUAACACUUUAGCAGAAGUCAUUAUUUAUCGCCCCGCACACACGCACUGACACACGCACGCACACGCACGGGCAGCUCAGGCAGGGGCUCGUUUCACGCAUAUAGUUUGUGUGCGUGUGUUAGCGGACUUUUAGCUCCGCGCUAGCUACUUCCUGCAUGUUAGCUGGAGAAGCUAACUGUUUACCAGGCUGUUCCUCGGGUCGGUUUUAAUUAUUCAUGAGGGCGCUCCGUGAUUGGUGGAGACAGCGACAGAGGCGGGGCCAGAGAGGGUUUGCGUGUGAAUGAUAAAACACGUCAGAGGACAAGUGGACUGUUUCUGCAGCACAGAGUGGAAGAUGAUCAGGAUGUCAUUGGACACGGAGACCAUCCUCCCUCACGAGGUCAGCCCCGCCUUCCCCGGCACCGUCGGCCUAUCGGAGCAGCCGCAGCCAGCCAAGACCCGCCCCCUGCUCACUAAGAAUGGCCUCCAGUUGCCCGGCAACAGCCAGGCCCCCGUGGACCCCGUCCAGCGAAUCGCUAAGAGGCGUUACUCGAUGGGCAUCGGCUUCAAGGGGCUGGCCAAGCGGCGCCGACGCGCCGUCAGCGACAGCCAAUCGGAGCCCGUUCUGCCGAGUCACUUCCUGUUGGGCGGGAACAUCUUCGACCCGCUCAACCUCAACUCCCUAUUGGACGAAGACGUCAACAGGGCGACCAAUCAGGAGACACCAAAGUGCUCACCCCUGCCGUUGAGGGGCGGAGACCCCGUAGAGAUCCUGGUUCCUCGUGACAUCACAGACCCGCUGAACCUGAAGGGAGGGGGGAGCAGGGGGGGGAAGGGAGGGGGAGGAGUCCUGAAGACCCCCCCGAAGUCCAGGAGGAGACACAGGAACCGACACCAUGAAGGGGGGGGGGGCGGAGGAGGAGGAGGGGGGGGAGAGAGGGAGGAGCUACCAGCUCGACUGUUUCCCUCCACAGCUGGACUCACAGUUCCUGUGUUGACCAGAGGGGGCAGUGUUUCAGCGUCUCCUCUCCCCUGUGAGCUCAACACGGCCAUCACCUGUCGGGACGACGUAGCCCCGCCCCCCAUCCUCCCCAGGAGACACACCCACCCUCCACCGGGACACGCCCACAAGCCCAGUAACCAGGGCGACGGUCGCCAACGGAGACGGUGCCGCACCACCUCCACGAUGUCAGCGGACUACGACACCACGGCGACCGCAGCUCGGCCAACCAGAUUCGAGACGCCACUGGUGGGAGGGGCUAAAGCCGACAGGUGUGGAGGACCUCGGCUCGGCUCGGCUCAGCCACCACGGAAGAAGAAGAAGCACCGCUACCAGUACGGCAACCGCUGCUGUUACUACGGUUACCAGGGUUUCUACGGCGAUGGGUGGGAGGGGCACGUGGGGGCGGAGGAGGACCCGAGGCUCCGCCUCCUGGAAGCCGAGUGGUUCAGAGACAAGAAGGUGCUGGACGUGGGCUGCGGCGCCGGUCACCUGACGGUGGCUGUCGCCCGGAGGUUUGGCCCCACCCACAUCCUGGGGGUGGAGCUAGACCACCGAUUGGUCCACGUCGCCAAGCAGAACGUCAGGCACUUCCUGUCACAUGACCUGGUGGUGGAGGAGAGGAGGAGGAGGAGGAGGAGUGGAACGCCGGGAGCCUCCUCUUCAUCUCCUACGAGGAAGGAGGAGAUGGAGGAGGACCAGCAGGCUCUGUCUCUCCUCUCCUUUCCUCUCUCCUUCAGGGUGAGUCGAGGUCCUCUCUCUGCUCCUCCUCUCCUCCUAUCUUCAUCAUCAUCAUCGUCAUCUUCCUCCUCCAGGUUCCCUAACAACGUCAGCUUCAUCCAGGGCGACUACGUGUCUGGGCGUGACUGGUGGCCUGGGCGGGGCCAGUAUGACGUCAUCGUGUGUCUGGGCGUGACCAAGUGGGUGCAGCUGAGGUCGGGCGACGGGGGCGUGGUCACUCUGUUCAGACGAGCCUAUCAGAGCUUGUCGCCGGGGGGAUUGUUUGUGCUGGAGCCGCAACCGUGGAGCAGCUACAGCCACAGCAAGAGGGCCUCGGAGGCGACGGAUCGAAACUUCAGGAGUUUGAGACUGAGACCUGAACAGUUCACCUGUUACCUGACUGACAGCGUGGGCUUCACCUCAUACAGACUCAUCACACACACAGGUAAUCAGCGGCCAAUCUACCUGUUCCACAAAGGCUCCGCCCAGAGGAAGUGAUGUCACCAGGACAGGAUGUGACACAUCUCUCUUUGAGACGCCAGUUUCCAUGGCAACCACCCUUGACUUUGACUGACGGGUGGAGAGGAGGAAGCUGAUUGGAUGCUGUAUUUGUGACUCGUGAGCUCGCAGCUGAUUGGUUGAACAGUGGAGCCGGUUCGAUGACAUCACAGACGAUAACAAAGGUUUCUGUGGAUGUGAUCGUCACAGGCUCAUCGAGCCAGAGCAAAGGAUUGUGGGUUACUCUCGCUGUGUGACCUCUGAUUGGACACUGGGCACUUGACAGGAAGUGACACGUCAC